GCGAGCACAGAGCCUUCAACAUGGCAAAACCCAGGGAGGGAGAGCAACAGCACCUCUAGCUCCAGCACAGGGUCUCUCUCUGGUGCAAUGCACUGGGUGCAGUUGUGAACAUUGACUUGGAAUGCGGGUGUGGAGGAGUCCGAGAGAGAACCGAAAGGGACGUCAGAUCUGGAAAAAACACUACCCAGGACACCAGCAAAAACCCCACGACGAGUAUGCCUGAAGUGGAUAAUGCAACCAUCCAUUAAUUUGUACUAUUGAUAGAGCCGUCCCUCUAUAAGAAAUAUUACAAAAAUAUUUCCUCCCCCCCCCCCCCAAAAAAAAAAAAUCUUCAUUAGACCCAUUUUUAUUUUUUUACAUCUCCAAAUUUCUCAGUGGAUCCUGUCUAUCUUCCUCUCAUCAUGAUGUUUCGGGAUCAAGUAGGAAUGCUGUCGGGUUGGUUUAAAGGCUGGAAUGAAUGCGAACAAACUGUUGCACUGCUGUCCUUGCUGAAAAGGGUUAGCAGGACCCAAGCCAGAUUCUUACAGAUCUGCUUGGAGCAUUCCUUGGUCGACUGUACAGAACUGCACAUACUUGAAGGGGAAGCCAAUAAUCCCGCAAUCAUUAACCAGUGGCAACAGGAAUCCAAGGACACGGUGAUCUCUCAGCUUUUAACCCACCUGCCUUUACUAAAGCCCGGGAACAUGGACGCCAAGGUGGAGUACAUGAAGUUGCUGCCGAAACUGUUGGCUCAUUCGAUAGAACACAACCAGCACAUAGAGGAGAGCCGUCAGCUGUUGUCGUACGCCUUGAUACACCCGGCCACGUCAUUGGACGACAGGAGCGCUCUGGCAAUGUGGCUGAAUCACUUGGAGGACCGUACGUCGGGGAAUUUUGGUACCCAGGGGCGCUGUCGAUCAGACUCUUUGGAUUAUGGGCAAAUGCAUUACUACCACCAAAGACAGAACUCGGACGAUAAGCUGAACGGCUGGCCGAAUUCUCGCGACUCCGGGAUCUGCGUCAGUUCCUCUAACUGGCAGGACAAGAACGUCAGCUGUGAGAACGGACAUUUGCCCCUGUACCCCUCUUCCUCUGUCUCUACAACCAUCAAUGCGAUUGGAACAAACACAAGCACAAUUCUCUCAGGCCAGACGCACCAUAGCCCCUUGAAAAGGUCGGUAUCCCUCACUCCGCCCAUGAAUGUGCCAAACCAGCCGCUAGGACAUGGGUGGAUGUCUCAUGAAGAUCUGAGAGCUCGCGGAUCCCAGGGUGUUUCAUCCGAUCACGCCCCCCUGUCUCCACAAAGCAGCGUAGCCUCUUCGGGGAGUGGUGGGAGUGAGCACUUAGAAGACCCCUCUUCUGCACGUAAUACAUUCCAAGAUGAAGGAAGCGGCAUGAAAGAUGUGCCUACAUGGCUCAAAAGUCUUCGUUUGCACAAGUACGCAGCCCUGUUUUCUCAGAUGACCUACGAGGAAAUGAUGUCCCUCAAUGAGUGUCAGCUGGAGGCACAGAAUGUCACAAAAGGUGCAAGGCACAAAAUAGUCAUUAGUAUCCAGAAGCUGAAAGAGCGACACAUUCUCCUGAAGUCAUUGGAAAGGGACAUCCUAGAUGGGGGUAACCUGCGGGGUCCUCUUCAGGAGCUGCACCAGAUGAUUCUUACACCCAUCAAAGCGUACUCCGCACAAAACUCCACCGCAGAAGACCACAGCCGGGAGCCGGGCUCUCAGUCUUCAUUACUGGGCACUGAGGGCCACGGAUCUGAAAACAAAGACUCUGCCUCUGGUGGGAUUCAUCAGCACCAUAUGGGCAACCUAGAAGGAGAGAGCGGGGGGGUCCCUUUACCUGAAGCCGAUCUUCCAGGACAGUUCACUAGGGUGAUGGGAAAAGUCUGUACUCAGCUCCUGGUGUCCAGGCCGGACGAAGAAAACAUCAGUUCAUAUCUGCAGCUGAUUGACAAAUGCCUUAUUCAUGAAGCCUUUACGGAGACACAGAAGAAGAGACUGUUGUCAUGGAAACAGCAAGUACAGAAGCUAUACAGGUCUUUUCCACGGAAAACCCUCUUGGAUGUUGCUGGGUACCGGCAGCAGAGAAAGACUAGCGUUGAUGUCUUCAUUGGCAGCCGAGGGUUUGGCCAGUCCAACUCGCUGCCCACAGCUGGAUCUGUGGGUGCAGGAAUAGCGAGAAGAAACCCCCGUCAGUUUCCGAUCCCAUCCCGGAACCUCCCCAGCACACGGCUUGGUUUGCUGGGUCCAAGCAGCCUCCUGGGGGCGACGCAACGAACAACGUCCAACAAUCCCGCCAUGCUAAAGCAAGGGAGACAGAAUCUGUGGUUCGCCAACCCUGGUGGAAGUAACAGUAUGCCGAGUCGAUCUCACAGCUCCGUGCAAAGAACGCGCUCGCUGCCCGUCCACACCUCCCCGCAGACCAUGCUUAUGUUUCAGCAGCCAGAUUUUCAGGUACCAGCGACAGAACCCGAUAUCAACAACCGGCUGGAAUCGCUGUGUCUCAGUAUGACUGAGCAUGCCCUGAGCGAUGGCGUAGACAAAACAUCCACUAUCUAAUGCGAAACGGUACUUCGUGGCAGCGCUGGACGUAGCACACGGAACUGCUGGUCCAGUGUUGGAAUUUGCUGACUCUCUCUUUCUCUCUCUUUCCUGGAAGCGCCAAACACAAUUUUUGCAAAUUUUAAUUUUUUUUUCAAUUUCAUUAUUGUCUAAAGAACAGAAGACACAGAGGGUCGGAAGCAUAAGCUGAGCUUGCGAGGAAAAAAAAAAAAGGUUAUUUUGUUACUUUGUGAAGCGAAAAAUUCAAACUUUUUCCAUGCGAUUGGUUUCCUGAAUGAAAAGCUUCGUGUUCUGAGCGGGAAAAACGCAUGAAAUGUGACGGGCAGGAAGUUUUGCUGCCACUGGACAAUACAUGUCUGACCAGUCAUCGGGGGCUGUACAUGUGACCAAACGAUGGAGGAAAGGGGAGAUGAUCGCUCUGUCGUUUUUUUUGUUUUUUUUCAAUACAUUUACAGUAUUUGAAAUUUGUUUUUGUUUUUCCCCUUAGUUAAAAAAAAAUUCAUGUUUACAUAAAAAAACUGAAUUAUUAAGGGUACAUGGUUUCUUCAGGUAUGCCUUCUGUUUCUUAAAUGUUGCAGAUUUUUCUUUUAUCGAUGUAGCAGCCGGUUUGC